AUGGCGCCGUCAAGGAGCAAGGCAUUGAGCCUGCUGAGCAUCCUACUCCUAUCAACACCCAUAUUCGCCAAAGUCCAAAACGACUUUAGCUACUAUCCUAGCGCAGCACAGCCAUGCCUGUAUUCCGCUUCCGACAGCAGUCAAUGCGAUGGCGACACCGUCGCGGAGAUGAAUAAGUGCCUUUGCAGCGACUCCAAGGGCAACUUCAUCACGAACACCGCAAAGUGCUUGGGAAAAGACGCGAAGGGCUCCGUCUCGGAGACAUACUCCGACCUCAAGACUUCAUGCGCGAAUUCCAACACACCUAUUUCCAUCACCGAGGACCAAUUCAACAACCUCGCUGCCCAAGGGGCCACGGCCACCUCCAUUCCAGUUACGCCGUCAUCAACGUCAGCGCCGAAAACGUCCAAAACGGCAAGCCCCACAACUUUCAUGACCACCACAACCGGCGGCGCGACCGUCACCGUUACCACAACACCUACCCCGACCGAUGCGACAUCCACUCCCACGGCUGCGGCCUCGGGCCUGUCGACAACCGCCAAGAUUGGUAUUGGUGUGGGCGGUGGCGUUGGCGCAGUUGCCAUUGUUGGCAUUAUCGCAUUCGUCUGGAGACUGAAGAAGAGCCGCUCUGCACACGAGGAGUCUCGGCCGAUGCUCGACGGCGGAGUCGGUGCGACCGGAUACAACCCGCACAACAGCCCGUCUGCCAGCGCCGCCGCGUUUGGUCUUGAAAACCCGAACGAUUACAAGACUGAGACGAAGACGGGGGGAUGGCGGCCGACGACAGAUAUCCCCCCUAGCGCGAGUCCCGGCGCGCAGACAUGGGCAACAAACUCUCCUCAGCCCCCGUACGCGCCUUACUCUCCUCCGCCACCGCAGCAGCAACAGCAAAUGCAUGCUUGGGGGCACCACCCGCAGGCUGCAUACCCGCCUGGGCCACAAGUAGCUCCCCAGCCUGGCGUUUUUGAGCUCGCAUCUAUACCCGUGCAGCCAUCAUAUCCUCAGCCUCCACCUGAUGCCGUCGAGAUGCCGGCAACAGAGGUACAACCUCAGCCCGCACGAUACCAAUAUCCAUCACAGCGAUGA